AUGUGCCUAGAUGAUGGAUGUGAUGAUCUUCUUUGCUGUCUUUGUGUUCCAUUAGCUGCCAUCUGUUGCUGUAAAUGCUGUAAAGAUAUGAUGAGUUCAAAUUCCAAUAAUAAUCAAGUUCCUACGGCAGUUUAUUAUCAACAACCAGGUGCAAAUGUACCGACAGCAGGCGUUUAUGGACCACAAGGUUAUGGUCCACCUCCUCAACAACAACCGCAAUAUUAUCCAGGAGGUGCUCAACCUUACUAUCCACCACCAAAUCAACAUCAAGGCUAUCCACCUCCGAAUCAAUACGCAGGCUAUCCACCUCCAAAUCAACAACCAGGUUAUCCACAACAUAAUCAAGGGCCUUAUCAACCACCACCACCACAAGCAGGUUAUGGCGGUGCACCACCACCCUACAUCUAUCAACCACCUAAUCCAUAUCAGUAA